AUGGCUGAAGCAGUCAAGGUGAUUGUUCGUUGUCGGCCUCUCAACCAGCGUGAAAAGGACUUGAAUUGUGAGGUUGUGGUUCAGAUGGAUUCCUCUACAGGGCAGUGUGCUUUAAGCAAACCUGGAGAUAAGACACAGCCACCAAAAACUUUUACGUUUGAUGGUGCAUACUAUAUCGACUCUACUACUGAGACCAUAUACAAUGACAUCUGUUUCCCACUGGUCGACGGAGUGUUAGAGGGAUACAAUGGUACUGUGUUUGCCUAUGGUCAGACAGGAUGCGGAAAGUCAUUCAGUAUGCAAGGUAUAACUGACCCUCCCACUCAAAGAGGUGUUAUCCCACGCGCAUUUGAACAUAUUUUUGACAGCAUUCAAGUUGCAGAGAAUACCAAGUUCUUAGUUCAUGCCUCUUAUUUGGAGAUUUACAAUGAAGAAAUCAGGGAUCUUCUUGGAAAGGACCAUAAAACAAAGCUGGAACUUAAGGAACAUCCUGAUAGAGGGGUCUAUGUCAAGGAUCUUACCAUGAACCCUGUGAAUAGUGUGCCUGAAAUGGAGAAGGUUAUGGACCUUGGAAGUAAGAACCGUUCAGUAGGUGCUACUCUAAUGAAUGCCGACUCAUCAAGAUCCCAUUCAAUUUUUACCAUAAACAUAGAGAUUAUGGAGACAGCUGAUGAGAAGGGAGACCACAUUAGAGCUGGUAAACUCAACCUUGUUGACUUGGCUGGGAGUGAGAGACAAUCUAAAACUGGCGCUACAGGAGACCGGCUGAAGGAAGCCACAAAGAUUAAUCUGUCACUUUCAGCUUUGGGAAAUGUUAUAUCUGCUUUGGUUGAUGGAAAGUCAACCCACAUUCCAUAUCGGGAUUCCAAGUUAACCAGACUGCUUCAAGUAAGUAUAUUGUGAUUUCUGUCAAGCCAAAGUAUCUAUCCUCUGAGCAGAGUUCUUUUGAUCUUAGAAGAUAUUGGAAAGCUCUAGACUUUGAUGAGUGUGCUCUACACUUUAAAAAGUUUUAGGGAAUGUGAAAGGCAACUUUUCCUUUGCAACCCCAGUAGCACACAUGUGCCUCAUUAUGUUUUUUUUCUGAAGUAUAAAGUGAAAAUAUUGCCAAUUCUACUUGAUGGGUGGCAUCAUUUGCAUUUGGAAAUAAUCACCAGUUGGCUGGUAUCUAAUUAUUCAUGCUCCAAAGUGGAGGGAGGCACUUGGAGAAUCAAGUGUCAUGCACAUGGAUGCAUCAAUAUAACUCUAAAUAGGGCUUACCCCUUUGCCUCCCAGAAGUGAUUAACGUGUAAAUUCUCCUUGUAAAUUCAAUACAUUAUCUACUACUCAGGUAAUGAGAAUACUCAAAUUUAUCAUGUACAAGUUGUUGUUUUUCUCCAACACCAAAUUCUUGUAAUUGAUUUACAAGGAAAUGUGAAGCAGCUAGAGGGGAGAAUUAACAAUCAGAUCUUGGGAGUUAAAGGGUUAACUGGGAAUCUGUUGAUAUGGAGUCCACUUAGUGACUGUGUCUCCUGCAAAAUUCAUGUUAGUUAUUUAAAAUCCCUUUGUGCAAGGUCAUUUCAUCAAUGGUCAAACCUAAUGGAAUCAUUGAUAGAGAAAAAUGUUUUGACCUUUUUAGGAUUCCUUGGGUGGAAACACCAAGACAUUGAUGGUUGCCUGUCUAAGUCCUGCAGACAACAACUACGAUGAAACUCUGAGUACCUUGCGCUAUGCAAAUCGUGCAAAGAAUAUUAAGAAUAAACCUAAGAUCAAUGAAGAUCCAAAAGAUGCACUUCUAAGGGAAUACCAAGAGGAAAUCCAGAAACUUAAAGCAAUGUUGAUGGGGCAGAUGGAAAUUCCAACUGAUUUUGCAACUGGUAAGGACAAUUUAAAGUUGACUUUGAACGUUGCCAUAACAGUUUAUAUUUAAUGUAAGUAUAUAACCUCUUGUGUAUGAACUUUAGCAGGAGGCCAGCCCUCUGUUCCCGCCCGUCGUAUAGAUGCACCACCACAGGAUCACACUGCCGUUGUGGCCAGGGAAACUGAAAAUCUCAGGAAAGAGUAUGAGGCAAAGCUGGCUGAGAUGAAGUCAUCUUAUGAAGCAGAACUUAUGUCCAAACAGAAGCUUCAAGAAGAAAUGGAACAACUACAAAAUGAUUUCAACAACAAGGUACACAAUGUUGAGGAACAAUACAGUGGCAAGACUGCUUUGACAUCAGUCACCCCAGGAGGGAUGGGGACAGGUGGCCAACAGGAAGAGGGUGCUAUUGGUAUGAUUGCCUCGGCAAAUGAGAUGGUGGGUAUUUAUAGUUACUUAUGAGGGCUACCAAACAGUGGGGCAGCUGUAGUUUGGUUUACUGUUGACAGAAAUGUAAUGUCCUGAUUAAUUGUGGUCACCAUGCUUGUUCAAGAGCUAAUGACCAUCACACUUCAUCACCUGGUCCAUUGACUGAAAAAUAAUACCAUGUUCUUGGAUGCAUGCACGUUUAUCUGCCUGAUAAUGUGAUUUUAAUGCACUGUACAGGGUGUGCAAUGUUAUACUGGUUGGUGGGACAAAUGUUACCCUUUAUUCCUGCAAGAGGUUUUAGCCAGAUAGUUACCUAAAUUCUCAGCCCAGUCUGUUUUCCCUUUGCUUGCAUUCCAUCCACAUAAGUGUUUUUGUUUGUUGUUGUGUCUUUCUGUUUGUCUACUGUUUUUUUCUUUGUUUCACUCUGUCUGUAUUUCUUUCCUAUAUUGGUCUGUCUGUCAAUCAUUUGUGUGUGUUCAUCCUAUUUCUGUCUAUCUUGCAUGUCUGCCCACUGUGUCUGUUUAUCUGUUUGUUGAUUCUCAGUCUGUCUUUCUGUCUGUCUGUCUGUGUAUUCUCUCUCUGCUUGCUCUAUUUCUGAAGUUGUUGUGAUCUCUGUUGAUUGUUGAACCUAAAAAAACACUCAUAUCCUCAAAGAAGGUAUUCCUCUUCCACAUUUUGUUUUUCUGUCUGCAUGUGUCUGUCUAUUCUCUGUCUGUCUGUGAGUCUCUCUGUUCACUGUGUGUCUGAUUUUCUCUGCUAGUUUGCCUGUCUAAUCUUUGUCCAUCUGUUUGUCUGUCCGUCUGUCUGUCUAUUCUCAGUCUGUCAAUCCUGUCUUUCAGUCUUUCUUGUGUCUUUUUACUGUGAGUCCUUCCAACUGUCAUGUCAGUGUGUCUAUCCAGCACCAACGCAUGUUUUACGAUGACAGACGAACACGACAUUUUAAUUAACCCUUUAUUUCCAUUGAUUCCUGCCAGGAUCAGCGUCCAAACACAGAAUUGGAUGUGAUAACAGGACCUUUACAGGGCAUGCAGGACUCUAGCCACCAUCAGAGUACGUUUCAGGCAGUUCAAGACAAGGCUAUCAAAAGCGUCCAGGAGGUAAAGAACCUAAUACCCGGACUGGAAGACUUACGCUUUUUAAGUCAAGGCCUUCCAAACGAUGUAUUGGUCAAAAGAUUGCAAGAACUUCAAGAAAAAUUUGUGGGUGGCGAGAGAAAAAAUGACCAGAAGUUAAAGGAGAAAAGAAAGGUUAGGAAAAACUAUGCUCUGUCACAAAGAGAAAAACUUGCCAAGGCAGUCAAGAAGAUGGAGGAUGAUGGCAUAAUGGUGAAGGUUUACGAUAAUUUACAGGAUGAAAUAAAAGCCAAGAACAAUGUCAUCAAUGAGAUGGAAGGGAAAUUAAAGUCUGCGCAGUCAGAGAUCGACGAUCUGCAAACUGAAUUCGAACGUGAUCGUGAAGAUUACUUGGAAACGAUUCGUAAACAAGAGCAAAUGAUUAAGCUUCAGCAACAGAUUUUAGAUAAAAUCCAGCCGUGCAUUCGCCGCGACUGUAACUAUUACAACAUUGACAGGAUUCGCUCGGAGAGCUCUUGGAACGACGAAUUAGGAAAAUGGAAUAUCCCUGAACUUGUUAUUACGAAGACGACUCUUCCAACCCCUGGGAUUAUGCCGGGUGCGGGCACCCCCGCCCGAGGCCGGAAGUCCCCCAUUAAUAGACCCCAGAUGAACAGUCAAAGCCAAGCUGUCAACGGACACGUGGGGGGAUACCCUGAGGAGCCAAGUGAAGAUCUCUUUCUGAAACAUCUUUCGCGGAGCUCUCAUGCAGACUACGCAUCGAGUUAUUUUAAACCUAAGAGAGCUGACCGCCUUUUGGCUGAGAAUACCCGGUUUGAACGAUUUGACAGACGAGAAUCACCUCCCUCAGGGGGGUCCCGCCCUCAGCUCGGAUUCCUUGGGACCGGAGGAUCCAGCGGAAACUUAAACAAUGGGGCACCCCAGGGAAGCGGUGGAAGUGUGGGAGGGAUGCCCGCUAUGGGAAGACCGGUUAGACUAGAAUCACUACACAUGCCUGGGGAAAAGGAGAAAAAGAAAAAGAAACAUAAAAAUGUGGACGAGAAAAGAAAGGACGACUGGUGAUUAAUCUAAUUGGCGUGCUAUCCAAAUUGUUAAUCUCCGAAUGUAAUCCCCUUUUUUAGGGGCAAAUAUGUUUGUUAUAUAAUUUGAUUCCUUGUAGUUCUUCAGCAGAACUGUCACAUUAGGCGGAAGUUUUAAAGUUUGACCAAAACCUCUGAAUAUCGUUGUGCGAUUUGACUUCUCUUUGUUGGAGUGUCAGGCAAACAUCGAUGAGUAGACCCCAGGAGAACCGUCUAAGAAAAAAAACACGCGUGAGAAGCUAACGAUAGACAUACACACAGAGCUAUGUAUCAGGUCUUAAACGUGCUUUUGUGCGAAAGCGCUCGAGGCAGCUUUCACAGAAUCCUGGAAAUCAGGAACUGAGAAAUUUCUUAGGAAAUUCUUAUUCAUUAGUAUUUGUUGAAGUGCUCGUAGUUAGAUAAUGUUCACUGACUUUACUUGUAAAUUGAUCGAGGGCUAGUUUUGCACAGCUUUUAAAAUUUACUAUAGAUAGUAACUUCAUUCAGCAAUGGCUGAACUUGUAAAUGAGUUAUAUAAGUUAAGUCUCUUAUUGAUAUUUUGACAAGAAAUUGUAGAAAACUUCGCCCUGAGAAAUAACGUAUUCUAUGAAGUCUUAGACUAGAUUUGUCUGUCGUAAUGGCGACUCUUACGUAAAAAGUCGGAGUGACGUGAUGCGAUUGAGAUCUCAGUGAAAUAUUUACAAAGACUUCCUUUACAUGACAAUUCGAAGUUCGGAGGUGAAAGCUCAUUUUCCGUGAAAAUGAUAUUC